AUGCCUGUCCCAGACUCUCUAUUCAGCCAGAAGGCCCUAAUGGAUGGCAACGUGAGGUGGCAGCAGCACCGCUGCCACUCCUUCGCGUGUCUCAACCGGCAGACCGUGACGGACUGCCGCAACUGCUUCAACAUGACGCAUGAGGCGCACCGCUGGCAGCGCGCCUACAAGGGCUCUAUCUCCAUGCAAGACGUGAUCGCCAUGAAGCCAAAGUCUCUCAGAAUAGGGCUGGAUGUGGGGGGCGGCAGCGGCACAUUCGCGGCGCACAUGGCACGGUACGGCGUGACCAUCAUGACCACAGGCCUCAACAGAGAGGCCGCCGCUGCUCUAAAACACAAACCCGGACAGCAACAACAACAACAGCAGCAACAACAACAACAGAAACAACUGGCAGAAGCGGAAGCAUCAGCACCAGGUCUACCCUACAUGGAGACCAUCGCUGCUCGCGGCUUGAUCCCGCUCCACCUGCCCCACCAGGCACGACUACCCUUCUUCGACGGUACAAUCGACAUCAUCCACAGCAUCAACAGCAUCAAAUACAUGCCGCCGCUGGAAUUCGAAGAGAUGCUGUUCGAGUGGGACCGCGUGCUCCGCCCGGGCGGGUUGCUAUGGUUCGAGAUGUUUUACGCGCCUAAAGAGGAGAUGGCGGUUUACGUGUGGGUGAUACAGCUGUUGAAGUACGAAAAGCGGUACUGGAAUCUGGUGCCGAAGACGGAUAGGACGGAGAGGAAGGGUCCGCAUGUGUAUCUGAACUGUGUGCUGGAGAAACCUGCGAGGGGCAGCCAAGGGAUGGAUGUGGUGCCUCCGGUACGAUAG